UUUGUGAGAAGGGGUUUGAGUGAGGCAAAUUAGAGGGGCUGGAUGUGUUUGGUGGCGGGGAGAUGAGGAGGUGAAGGCGUGAAAGGGCAGUGUUGAGGGGGACGGUGUUGUGAUUGCGAUGUGCAUGCGGGACUACGAUCAACCUGCAAUGGAUGGGCUUUUCUGGCUUUGGAACACCUUGCGAGGUACAUCACGGUAUGAUAUCAGGCUCCUAUUCAUUUCGGAGCUUCUGUUUGUCCAUGUUGAUGUUGGGCGGCAUCGUGGUGUUGUCCCCUUCACGUCAGCACCUGACACCGCGUCAUUCGUUUGCACCGCGAGCAACCCGCGCAUCUCCGCCAGCAGCUCGAUACCGCUGGCAUGAAUUUGCCCUAUACGGACAUCUGGCAUCCCGGCACAUCACUGACGCGUCUCAUAUUGACAGGUUGACACUUCCUGCGCUGACACGGACAGUCUCGGGGACUCGACGCGCUCAAACGCCUCCAGAACGACCGACUCCAGCCUAUCCUGACGUCCAUGGAGCCCGGUAACGCAUAAUCUGCUUGGGAGGACGGGAUCGUAUUGUGUAAUAGAACGCCUACGAACAACCUUCGCAGGACCCACUUGCGGCGGCACCACCGGCGGGCAUCUCUCUUACACCAACUUCUCGAACAAAGCGGCAGCAGGAGCAACAUCACACGUGU